UUAUAAUUUUCACCAGAUAAGAAGAAGCAUCGAAAUUUGUAAACAAUUCCGCAAAAUAUAUAAUACGAGUAUAUCAACCGGUAAAAAAUUUUCUAAAAACCCAAAACUUGUAUCUUCAUGGAGUCAGAGUUGCCCUCCACCAGCGCCAGCGCUUUAGCUGCUUGCAAUUCAGGUGCCAGCACACAGGCGCAAGAUUACACACAACUCACACCGGAGUUCCUGCAGCGUAAACUUUAUUUUCUGGUGGAUCAGCUAAAACAGAUGCACGCACAACUGCCAGAAAACUACCAAAUACGCAUCUCCUAUGAGCUGCUCACCGAGUUGGCCAACUCGCUACUAAAUGACACCAUUUUUGAGAUUGUCAAAGGACUCAUGGAAAUACAGAACGUAACAGAGAAACAUUUACUAACACUACGCAAGCAAGUUGAAACAGAUUUUGAGUUGGAAAUGCAAGAAUGGCGCAGUAAAAUAACUGAUCCGGAAGAAUUAAGUCACAUUGAACAACUCAUGCAAGUAAAGCACGCGAAGAAGAUGCGUGAAACUGAUAUGAAGUUAAUAGCGCUGUUGGAUCAAAAGGUAAAAGACCAGCAAAGCACACUGCACAAAGCAGGUGUGGCGGGAUUUUAUACCACCGACAAUUCCAAGGAAAUCAAAAUACAAAUGUUCCUUUUGGAUUUUAUUAUACGGCUAAGUAGAAUUAAAUUUGAACCGCAUAAAUAACAAGAGGAGUAAAACGUGGCUUUCACGUUACACAAGCAACAGCCUUAUUUUUGUUUAUGAAAAAUGUAUUCAUAGUACACAUUUUUUUUAUUAAUAUUCUCCUUUUAAUAUUUCAUUGAUAGCAACCAGUUUGCGAAAAUUUCGGUGUUGGCUUUCCAUUGCUGCCACGAUAAAUUUGUUUAUAAUGUCUAAGUGCGUGAAUCGAAUUUAAAAAUUACAGCACACAAAUGUAGUCACUAUAUCAGCGUUUUGUUUUAUAGUACUUUUUAUAAAUUACCAUUAAGAAUUAAAAGUAAUAUUUAACGUUAAAAAUGCUUAAUUCUUGCAUAAGCUUGAAAAAAUGCCCUAUUACAGACGCUUAUUUUACUUAAAUACAAACACAGGAAAGUAACAAUAUUCACUCAUAAACACUCCUUAUUAAUUUAAGGUUUGAUUUAAACUUAUUUUUACUCAAUAAUACUACCGAUUUUAUUAAAAUUCUAUUAUUACAAAUGUUCUUCGAAACGUGCGUAAUACCGUGCAAAAUAAAUAUGCGGGACCAAGACGAAUCUAAGGUGGUGUUGGUAACUCAGCUAAUUUGUUUUUUGUUUUUUUCUUUCGCCUUGUCCAUGUGGCUGUCAGCUCUGAAUGAAACAAGGCGAAUUCAUUAUUUGAAUUCUAGUUUCCCAAUACUUUGCUUUGACAAUUAAACGUACAGAACAUUGUUGUUGGUAUAGUGCCACCGCCUUUAAUGAAUACGCCUUUUGCGGGACGAACUGUCAAAUGAACGAUAGUGAGAAAAGAAUAAAGCGAAACCGGAUAACCCCAGUCAACCAACACAGGUUCGAUAGAACUUUUGUAGUUUUUAAAAGAGUUAAAUUAAGCUUUGGCCUUCGAUAAAUCAAUAUUUUGCAAAAAUAGUGAAAAUUUGGACUAAGAAAUCGCGCGAUGAAUCGAUAAAUCGUUAUUUUCAAAAAUAGUGAAAAUUUGGAAUACAAAAUUGCGAUAAAAUAAUAUUUUCAAAAAAAGGGAAAAUAUGAAAUCAGAAAUCGUGCGGUGAAUCAAUAAAUCAUUAUUUUCAAAACGUGUGAAAAUUUGGACUAAGAAAUCGUGAUAAAAUAAUUUCUCAUAAAAAGUGAAAAUGUGGACUAAAACAUGGCGAUAAAUUUAAUCGCGCGAUAAAUCAUUUUCAAAAAGAGUGAAAAUUUGGACUCAAAAAUGGCAAUUAAUUAAUAUUUUCAAAAAAAAAAAAAAUUUUGGAAUAAAAAAUCGCGUGUUUUGUUUGGAAAUGUACAUAUAUACAUGUUACAAAAACAAUAUUUUUGUAAAAAGGCGCAUUUUUAAUUUUAAAUAUACAUUUUUACAAAUACUGAAAAUUUGGAAUAAAAAUCGCGCGAUUUUGCCUGCGACGCUUCUUUUUGUUUUUGCUUUCAUGUCAAAAAAAAAAAUGUAUUUCGUUUUUAUUUCAUAAAAUACAAUUUUUAUAAAAAUAAUAAAUUUUUCGUCAGAGUCACGUACAAAUUUUACGAUAAUAAAACAUUUUUAUAAAUAUGGGUUAUAAAACCUAAGUUAAAUGCUUGCUGGGUUAGCAAUUGCUUUAUACAUUCCUCUUCUACGAUAUUUCAGUACAAGAUGCCACUACGCUCCUAAAAACCCUAAUUUUUAAGCUUUUCCUGGGGGUUCUAUAGGGACCCUAGGAGGUUGGAACUUUCAUCGUUAUAAUGGUGUAACCUUGCUCUUUCUAUUAGGCGUGGUAGGAAGUGUCACGCUCCUCCCCCUCCGCCCCCCAAUCAAAUAUAUCGUGGUAGUAAUGGAAAGUUUAGCCAAAUUUUGUGAAAAUAAGGGAAUAGCUAAAAUUAAUUUGAUAAAAUGCGGCAACAUACUUUUAAAAUAUGAAUAUGUUUUAUUUUGAAAGAUUAAGCUCCCUUUAAAUAAAAAGUUGUAUAAAAUAAAGCCAAGAAACUGCGAGCAUUGAUAGUAUAAACUCGACUGUAAGAUAAGAUAAUUUACGAUAAAUUCACCCUUUUUUAUCGUUUGGUAACAUUUGCAGAGUAAUUUUCCAAUGAAAUCGUGAAGCGAAAAUACUCUACUUAUUUUCUAUGACAUAUCUGGAAUUAAAGCAAAAAAGCCAGCACAAAUUAUCUUAAUGUAAUUGUAAUUUAUUAUGAAAGAAGAAAAUGUUGGCAAACAAUAGAAACUAUGUAAAAAUACAAAAUAAUCUACUAAAAAAGUA